UAGACUGUGCUUAAAAACAAACGGUGAAGUGUACAAAAGUAUCAAAGAGAAAGGGUCUGUGAAUAAUAUAUUCCGGUAUAUUUUAAUAAAUAGUUAUAAUAUUUCGAGUUACAAUUCGUCCACAUAUUCAGAAAACAUGGAGCUAUUGGUUGCAGAUGUAUCGCAUAUAAAAUUCGAUAUAGAAAUAGCUCUACAAGAGCAGUUUGGAGCAUUAGCUUUACCAUUUCCUGGAAUGGAUAAGUCAACUGCAGCAGUAUGUCAAUUUUAUGCUACAACAAUGAAUUGCUCUAAGGGCCCCCAAUGUCCUUUCCGACAUGUUCGAGGUGACAGAACAAUUGUUUGUAAACAUUGGCUUCGGGGAUUAUGUAAAAAAGGAGAUCAAUGUGAAUUUUUACAUGAAUACGAUAUGACAAAAAUGCCUGAAUGUUAUUUUUACUCUAGGUUCAAUGCUUGUCACAAUAAAGAAUGCCCAUUUCUGCACAUAGAUCCUGAAAGUAAAAUUAAGGAUUGUCCAUGGUAUGAUCGAGGUUUCUGCAGACAUGGUCCCCAUUGCAGGCAUCGACAUGUACGUAGAGUACUGUGCACAAACUAUUUAUCAGGAUUUUGUCCAGAUGGAUCGAAAUGCAAAUAUAUGCAUCCUCGAUUUGAAUUACCUGCUCCACCUGACCAGAAUACAAAAGACCUAAAAAAAUUACCCAUUAUAAUUUGCCAUUUUUGUGGAGAGCAUGGUCAUAAAGCCAUCAAUUGUUUGAAAAUUAAUCCUAACAACAGGGAAGUUGCCCAAGAAGAAUCCAAUUUGAUUAAGCCUCCCAUUCAGAAUAACCACCAAGAAAAAUUUGAUCCACAAAAUCACUUCUUACAAAAAAUGUUUCCAAAAAAAUUGGAAGAUGUUACAUGUUAUAAAUGUGGUAGUAAAGGGCAUUAUGCAAAUAGAUGUCCAAAAGGACAUUUGGCUUUCUUAUCCAGCCAAACAAAAGAAAAGGAAAACAAUCCAGAAUAAGUGUUUGAAUAAAUUGGAGUUUAUAAUGA